UUUCAUUUGCUAUUAUAAAAGUGCUUCUGCUAGUGCAACAAUACCUCGAUAUAUAUAGUCGAGAAUAAUCUUAAUAUCACUUGAUUUGGAAUAAAUAUAAUGUGAGAGUUUGGUUGAACCUCUUUCAAGGAAUACAAAAGAUUGGAGAAACAAAUUGAAUUCGUUUACGAAAUAAGAUAUUUGGAACGUUACUUUCAAAAUAGAUAAAAUUUCGUCGUACAUAUAUUGUUAUAAAUUUUUGUGGCAAUAAUUACAGAUUACAGUAUGAGUAAAAACAUAGAUGUUUUAUCAGAAGAGAUUGAUGAAUUGAUGUUACGUAAAUUAGAACUAAUCGAAGAAAAAGUUCAAGGAAAUAUUCAAAUGGAAACAUUGCUGAAGGAUGGCCACAUUGAGUUGGCAAAAGCAAAAUAUAUUCGUGGAAAGGAAAAUAUCAGUAUGUUACAAGUUCCAAAUAAUGAAGAUACAGUGACAUCCUUGUUUGAUUUAGAGACUAAAACAAUAAAUGAAGAUAAUGAUACUGAGCCAUGUUUUGACAUCAGUUUAAAAAAAUUAAGCGAUGACGCAGAUGGACCGAAAGAUCCUAUAAAAUGGUUUGGUGUAUUAGUUCCACAAAACUUGAAAAAUAGUCAGAAGCGUUUCCAGGAAUCUAUCUAUCUUGCUGCAAAGAUAGCAAAUACACAGGCAGAGCUUAUUUCCGUACUCUCUAAGCUUAAAAAAUUAUGUAUUGAAAAAGAUAGUUUACGUUCUCCAAAUGGUAUUAAAACUUAA